AUGGAAAGCGCUAAGCGCCGUUCCCUUGCUGGAACCUUAUCAAAUCCACUAAUUGUCGACGACGACGAUGAUGGUGUUGAAGAUUACAGCACCAGAAUCAGGCGUGUCCGAGAGGAAGCCGGGGACGCCCGGGAGUUCGAGAACUGGCUCGCUCAGAGAGAUCUCCAUCGCGACGAAAGUCAAAGUGUACAAUCUACUCCUUCCAGCGACAAUGAUCGGGCGGAUGUCAUUGAAAAUUUUAUCGAGGACUUUCUCGGUGACGACAUCGCUGAGAUAAUCGAUCUAACCGGCGACGAUGAUCCUAUCUCAAAUGCAAACCUUCCACUCCCAAGAGCCCAGGUCGUCGGAACAGAGAUUCCGAGUCUCACAUUGGAUAGUGGCUUACGGUUAAGGCCUGGAACAACCGUUGAGCUGGAGCAACCGCUUGGGAGAUUCAGGAUAACCUUUCUGAGGAUUGAGCGUCUCCUUCAACCCGAAUCCAGCAGCGAAGUUCAGAUCUGGGGUUACGGCUACUCACGGACUCGGCAGUUGAACGGCAUGCUGCCAUGCAGGCUGAACGAAUUGGUGCAAAUCGCCGAAAUAUCCAACUCGGAUCCAAGGCCGUCUAAAGAGCAGGCCCUGGUAAAUGCGCCAGUGGGACUGGUCAAGUCAAUAAGGCAGUUGCGAGUAACGAAUGCUCCGUUUCCGGAGCAUCGUUUUGAUGCCACCGAUUACGCCGAGAUGGGAAAGGCUUGGAUAGAACAGCACGGGCACCUUGUAUGCCGAUACCGGUAUCUCGUCCACUACAACGGUGACUGCCCAAAGCCAUGUGAAUGGGCACUAGAGCGUGUCGACCAGAGGGAUGCCGACAUGGAAUACCGGAUGGAGGACGAACAUGUUCUCAACUGUUGGAGGGGGGGAAAGAUCCCAGGAGGGUCACACAACCCCCAGGGACCAGGUCGUCCGGCGUUGAACGCCGAGGGCAGUCAAUCUCCCGGAAGUGCUCGGCCGUUGAUGCUUUUCCCCGGGCAGAAAUACACUGCGGGGGACGUGUUUGCUGGUGCGGGUGGUGCUUCGAGGGGUAUCGAGCGGGCUGGGGUGAAGCUUCUUUUCGCCGUCGACCACUGGGCCAACGCGGUCGAGUCGCUAGAGAGCAAUUUCCCCGACAGUAGAAUCUACCAGAUGGAGGUAACCGACUUCAUCCAAGACAAAGAUAUCCACCACAACGUGGACAUGUUGCACCUCUCGCCUCCCUGCCAGUUCUGGUCACCGGCCCACACCGUGGCAGGCAGAAAUGACGAUGACAACAUCGCCGUGCUCUUUUCCUGCACCGACCUCAUAAACAAGUUCCGUCCAAGACUCUUUACGUUGGAGCAAACUUUUGGGAUCCUUAGCCCAAAGUUCAGCAAUUAUUUCAACAUGCUAAUGGACGGAUUCACAAGGCAUGGAUACUCUGUACGCUGGAAGGUAACGCCCUUAGCGAACUACGGCGUCCCGCAAAAGCGACGACGGCUGCUCAUGGUCGGCUCCGCUCCCGGUGAGAAACUCCCGCCACUACCACCCCCUACACACAGCAAGAACGGCACGGGCGGACUCAAACCCUGGAUGACGCCCAAGGCAGCGCUUGCUCCACUGGAGCGCAUGUUCCGAGAUGGCCGCAACCACCACCACGCACUCCACCAGCCGGACCGCUGCCGGCAGUGGAACCCGCCGAAACCGCCCUGGGACCCGAACCGGCUGGCCAAGACAAUUACAUGCAAUGGCGGGCAAAACUACCACUGGUCCGGCAAGCGUGAUUUCACCCUGCUCGAGUACGCCGUGCUGCAAGGGUUUCCGACCUGGCACCGGUUUCGCGGCAGCUACAUCAAGAAACAGAUCGGCAACGCCUUUGCGCCGUCGGUUGUGCGCGUCUUCUAUGAGCAUCUUGUCCGUUGGCUGCUCGAGCAGGACGGGUUCGAUCCAGCUGCUGUGGUGCGGGGUCGCGGAAACCUGCCGCCGCCGGGUGUUAUUGACCUGGAUGUGGAAGACAGAAGGGAUGGAGAUAACCAUGCUGGUGGCCAACAAAGAGAGGCGGGGAGGGAGGAGGUUGUCUACCUCGGAAAACGCAAGCGGCGGUCCUCGUCUGCCUUUCCACUGGGGAGGAGACGGCCGCGCAGCGAUGAACCUGAGGAGGAUGAUGACGCAAGGUCAGACAGGAGCGAGACGCUCCGCGCUGAGGAUGACUUCGCCCAAGAUGACAGACCAGCCCUGGAUUAUGCAAACGUGGUGGAUCUGACCGGAGACAGCGGCGACGAUAUCAACCAGGCCGCGCUCGGGGGAGGUUCAGCGGACAAUCCUUAGGAGUUGUCGGAUUGACGCUGUGUUUGAUUCUCCUGAGAGAACUACCAGAACUGGCGG